AUGGAGGCGCGGGAGGCGAGCGCGGCGGCGGCGCCCAACGGCUCGCACAACGCCUCCGACGGCGACAGCGACGGCAACCCCUUCGUGCAGCCGGCCUGGCAGGUCGCGCUGUGGUCGGCGGCGUACGCGCUGAUCGUGCUGGUCUCGGUGGUGGGCAACCUGGUGGUGAUCUGGAUCGUGCUGGCCCACAAGCGGAUGCGCACCGUCACCAACUAUUUCCUGGUCAACCUGGCCUUCUCCGAGGCCGCCAUGGCCGCCUUCAACACGCUGGUCAACUUCACCUACGCCGUGCACAACGUCUGGUACUACGGGCUGGCCUACUGCCGCUUCCAGAACUUCUUCCCGGUAGCCUCCGUCUUCGCCAGCAUCUACUCCAUGACGGCCAUCGCCGUGGACAG